CGGUAUCGGACGAUUCGUGGUGGUUGGUGGUGAUUGAGGAGAGAGAGCGAUCUGUGAUCGCUCGUUACGCGGUGACGUCCACGCGCGGUCGUGUUGGUGGUGGUCGCGUUAGAUAUGGAACAGCUUCGACGUUUCGGUCACUGUGCCAGCAGCAGAGCGCUUCCUGAAGAGAGCAGAGGGGGUAUAUAAUAAUAAAUCAUCGUCAUCAUCACGAGAGAGAGGGGGAUAAGUGGCCGCAAAUGUCCAGCGUCAGUGUCGCGGAGCUCACCAUGAGACGCGACUGCGCUUCGCCACAACCCGCCACGGACAGCAGCUACACCACCCUCUUCACCACGGAGGACCUGCCGAACAAUCACCACCACCACCACCAGUGUCCCCAACAACAACAACAACAGCAUCAUCAGCAGCAGGGCCAGGAGCUGCCGGUCGCGGCUUGGAGCGAGCGAGUGGCCAUCAACGUGUCGGGCCUCAGGUUCGAGACGCGGCGCAGCACACUGGAGCGUUUCCCCCGCACGCUCCUGGGCGACGGCGCUCGCCUGCUGCGCUUCUUCGACCCGCUGCGCGACGAGUACUUCUUCGACCGCAACCGCGACAGCUUUGGCGCGAUCCUCUUCUACUUCCAGUCGGGCGGCAGCCUCCACCGGCCCUCCGCGGUGCCCCACGGCCUCUUCGUGCAGGAGGUGCGCUUCUACGACCUGGGCGCCGAGGCGCGCGGCCGCCUCUGCGAGGAGGAGCGCUGUUCCCGCGAGGACCCCGAGAGGCCGCCCCUGCCGCGCAACCGCCUGCAGCGGCGCGCCUGGCUACUCUUCGAGCACCCCGAGAGCUCCGUGUGGGCGCGCGCGGUCGCCCUGGUCUCGGUGCUCGCGACGCUCGCGUCCGUGGUGGUCUUCUGCCUCGAGACGGUGCCGUACGGCGAGCGGAAGAGCGGCGGCAGGAAGGGCAGCGGCGAGGGGGAGGAGGGGGAGGAAGGUGGUGGUGGUGGUGGUGCGGCGGCGGCCGCGUUCGCCGUCGAGGUGGCGUGCAUCGCCUGGUUCUGCCUCGAGCUGCUGGCGCGCUUCUGCGCGUGCCCCAGCAAGGCGGCCUUCUUCAAGAACUUCAUGAACAUCAUCGACGUGCUCGCCAUCGUGCCCUUCCUCACCAUGCUCUGCCUGCCCGACGCCGACAUGCAGAGCGCGCAGCAACAGGCGCUGUCCUUCGCCAUCCUCCGAGUCGUCCGCCUCGUGCGAGUCUUCAGGAUCUUCAAGCUGUCGCGACACUCCAAGGGGCUGCGCAUCCUCGGGCAGACCCUCAACGCGUCCCUGCGCGAGCUCGGCCUCCUCGUCUUCUUCCUCUUCAUCGGCGUCGUCCUCUUCUCGAGCGCCGUCUACUACGCCGAGGCGGACGAGCCCGCCACCAACUUCACGAGCAUCCCCGUCGCCUUCUGGUGGUCCAUCAUCACCAUGACCACGGUGGGCUACGGCGACAUGUCGCCCAUCACGCUGGGCGGGAAGAUCGUGGGCUCGCUGUGCGCCAUCGCGGGCGUGCUCACCAUCGCGCUGCCCGUGCCCGUGAUCGUCUCCAACUUCAACUACUUCUACCACCUCGAGAUGGACGGCGGCGACUCGACUCGCGCCUGCACCGACGACUCCGAGCCGCGCGACGACGCCGACGCAGUCGCCACCGCGGGCGGCCCCGCGCUCAUCUCCUGCCCCACCUCCUCCACCUCCUCCUCCACCUCCUCCUGCUGCUGCUGCCGCCGCCGCCACCUGCCUCCCGGGGUGAUGAGCCCCGGCGACCAGCCGCCGAGGAAGGAGCUGAAGGAGCGGGAGACGGAGGACGAGAAGGGGUCGGCGUUGAGCCUCCGCGAGUUGGGAGACGCGGCACUGGGCGAGGGCGCGAAGCGGGCAGAGGACAAGGACGAGGAGGAGGAGGAGGAGGACGAGGAGCGCGCGAGCGAGCGGUGCUUGCACUCUUCCCUGGAGUGGGAGGUGAAGGAGGAGGUCGUGGUGGAGACGGACGUGUGAUGGACCUCACGCCUCUCUGCGUCUCCAUCUCUCUCUCUCCGUGUGUGUCUCUCUCGCCUCUCUCUCUCUCUAGUGCCUCGCCUUAUCUCUCCGUGUCACUCUCCGUGU